UUCUAGAGUUCUAUUUAUCUCGCUUGUUCCAUCGUCUCGCGUGUCUUUCCUGGUAGAAGCCAUAACGCUUGAGGGCCGAUCGGAGGGGGAAAUAGGGAGAGAAAGAGGCGAGAGGCGAGAGCCAGCGGAAGUGAGGACCUUAUUUGUACCUAUAAGAAACCCUAGCCCUAAUCCUCUACGUUAACGAUGAUCAAUCUAGGCAUGGAUACCCGGCCGUCGACCUCCGUCACGGCGGAAAAGGCCAUUUCCUUCAUAUCCAAGGGUUGGAGGGAGGUGCGCGACUCCGCUGGCGCCGACCUCCAAUUGAUGCGUGCUAGGGCCAAUUCCUUCAAGGAUCUUGCGGAUCGCGAGGUUGAGAACUUCCUCCACUCAGCGUCUGUCUUCUCCGUCCCUUCACAUUCUCCGAUGAACAGCGCCAUCGCUGAGCUCGAGUUCGUGAAGCGGAUACAGCCGAAAUUAUCGGAGUUCCGGCGGGCGUACUCGUCGCCGGAUUUCAGCAGGAAGAUGCUAGAGAAGUGGAGUCCUAAGCCGCGUAUCCGGAUUGAUCUGUCCGCGAUAAGGAAUGCCAUCGUCUCGGAGGUCGAUCAUGAUGGGGGGCUGUUUGAUUUUGAAAGCAGUAGACCUCGACGCCUGGUUAGGAGGAUCCGGUGGAAGGAAAGGGAAAGGGAGAAGGAGGAGGAGUGGGAGCCAAUUCGACAAUUGAAAGAGAAGUUUAAAGAAUUAGAGCAGAAGAGUCAAUCGAACGAUAUAUUUUGGAAUUUCAAGAGUAAAGAGUUGGUCGAGAAAGUAAAAUUGAGCUUGAAAUCAUUUUGCAAGGAGCGUGAAGAGUCAAAGGAAGUUCCACCAUUGGAUCUAACAGAACUCUUGGCAUACUUAGUUAAGCAAUCUGUGCCUUUGUUUGAUCAGCUUGGCAUAAGGAGGGAUAUAUGUGACAAAGUUGUGGAAUCACUGUGCAGCAAGCGUAAAGAUCAUCUACCAUCUCACUCUGUGUCUGGGGAAGAUGCAUCCCUCAUUGAGCAUCACAACAUCAGCGAUGAUCUGGAUUUCAGAAUUGCUAGUGUGCUACAAAGCACCGGUUAUCAUUCUAAUGAUGGUUAUUGGACCAAUUUUGCAAAUCGUGACCUAGAAGACAAGAAACGCCAUGUUGCUAUUGUUACAACAGCCAGUCUCCCAUGGAUGACUGGAACUGCUGUAAACCCAUUGUUCCGAGCUGCAUAUUUGGCUAAGUGUGCAAAGCAGAAAGUAACAUUGGUGGUACCUUGGCUUUGUAUGGCAGAUCAGGAGCUAGUUUAUCCUAACAGCCUUACAUUCAGCUCGCCAGAAGAACAGGAAGCAUACAUACGAAGCUGGUUGGAAGAGAGGGUUGGCUUUAAAACAGAUUUCAAAAUCUCCUUCUAUCCAGGGAAGUUCUCUAAAGAAAGGCGAAGUAUUAUUCCUGUUGGAGACACUUCAGAAUUCAUACCCUCCAAGAAAGGUGACAUAGCUAUACUUGAAGAACCAGAGCACCUGAACUGGUACUAUCAUGGUAAACGUUGGACUGAUAAGUUCAACCACGUUGUUGGUGUCGUCCACACAAAUUACUUAGAAUACAUAAAACGGGAGAAGAAUGGAGCUAUCCAAGCUUUCCUGGUCAAGCAUAUUAACAACAUGGUAACUCGUGCUUACUGCCACAAGGUUUUGAGACUAUCAGCAGCAACUCAGGAUCUACCCAGAUCUGUUGUUUGCAAUGUUCAUGGUGUCAAUCCUAAAUUCCUCAAGGUUGGGGAGGAAAAAGCUGCUGAAAGAGAGAGUGGGCAGCAGGCAUUCUCCAAAGGAGCAUACUUUCUUGGCAAGAUGGUUUGGGCAAAAGGUUACAAAGAGUUAAUUGAUUUGUUGGCAAAGCACAAUAAUGAAUUACAAGGUUUCAAAUUAGAUGUCUAUGGCAACGGAGAAGACUCUCAUGAAGUUCAGUCCACCGCCCAGAAACUGCAGCUGAAUUUAAACUUUAUGAAAGGAAGAGAUCACGCUGAUGAUUCACUUCAUGGGUACAAGGUCUUUAUAAAUCCUAGUGUCAGUGACGUCCUGUGCACUGCAACAGCUGAGGCUUUAGCCAUGGGAAAGUUCGUUAUUUGUGCAGACCACCCCUCAAAUGAUUUCUUCAGAGCCUUCCCUAACUGCAUGACGUACAAAACCUCAGAGGAAUUUGUUGCAAAAGUAAAGGAAGCUCUAGCAAAUGAGCCUCAGCCCCUGACCGCCGUGCAAAGGUAUAAUUUAUCAUGGGAGGCUGCUACUCAAAGAUUUAUUGAAUACUCCGAACUUGACAAAGUUUUGAGUAAAAGUUAUGAAGAUUCAAUCGAGAGCGGGGAAGAAGCUAAGCCGCUCUCUAAAAUCAAGAAAUCAGUUUCAAUGCCAAGUUUGUCUGAAAUUGUUGAUGGAGGAUUGGCUUUUGCUCAUUAUUGUUUGACAGGAAAUGAACUCCUGAGACUCUCUACUGGAGCAAUUCCUGGUACAAGGGAUUAUGAUAAGCAACACUGCGUUGAUUUGCAUCUAUUGCCGCCUCAGGUACAGAAUCCCAUAUAUGGCUGGUAAGGCAUUUUUCUCUAAGGCUUCAAUCCUUCACCAAGGAGAAUUUCUUCGCAACAGUUUAUUGAAUAUGAUGGCAAAGGAGAGAUGCCGCAACAUGUAAAUUCUCCACCACUGCUUAAUUUUGAAAUACCUUACACUGUAAAUAUUGGUUUUUGGUUCUAUAUUUGUUUGUUUCAGGUUUAUAUGCAAGUCCAUGUAUGAAAGUAUUGGUUAGUUGAUUGAGGAACUAUAUGUAGAUAUUGUUAGGAUUGUGGCAACCCAACCUAUUUUUUUUGUUUUUUCUUAGGGGCAUUUGAGUGAUUUGGAAGAAAAAAAUGUUUUGAAAAGUGAUGAGUGAAUGAAA